UAAAUUCACAAUCAUAGGCACACAUAUUUUUAGACAGCGUUAAUCAAAUAUUUAGUUUUUUUCUUUUGGCACUAACGCACGUAUUUGCCAUGAAUUUUUUGUUUGCUUUAUGCAAAUUGUGUGAAUUGAUUUUUGCUUUUGCACAUUAUUAUAAAAAGUACGCGCUAUGUCGGUCAGUGGCUAACGCUUUCACUAACAGCUGCUGAUGGCUAAAUUGCUUUGGGUAAGUGCAGCCGGCCUUGCCAGCAAUUUGUGCAUACUGCUUUAGGCCAUUAGUUGGUUGCGCAUGCAAUAGGCCAUCAAAUUAUGACAUGGCCAAGCGCAAAUGAAGCACCUAGAAAAGGUUUGUUGACUUGACUUUACAUAAUGAGACCCUCCCAGACUGUGUGUGUGCCUUUCAAAUGUGACGACAGCGACUAAUUGAGAAUUCCAGGCACGGCGCACUUUCAUUGCUUUUGCGAUUUUUGGUUUUCUUUGAAUUGCUACUGACCAGCGCUAACUGCACGUGAUAUUGGCCAACUGGCCAAUUGCAAUAGCGUCUGCUUAGCCUCUGGCCCUAUAUAAUGCGUGGGCUUGGGAAGUUGCAAGCACAGUUCAGCGACAACAGCCAAGAGCAGCAAGUGUCUCCAGCGCAGCGUCAACCCUCACUUUUGGAUAAACUCAAAUCAAGCGUGAAAUCUCCGCAAUGAAGUUCUUUAUCUGCACUUUGGCGAUAUUGGGCGUGGCUCAGGCAGGUCUGCUGCCGCAUCUGGAGCAUCAUGAUCAUCACGAUCAUCACGAUCAUCACGAUCUGCAUAAUCAUCAUGCAGAGUUGUCUCAUUUGCUGGACGCCGAUGUGCACCAUUCGGAUGGCAUUCAUCUGGGCCACAGCUCGGCCGUGGUAAUCGACGGCGCCGAGCAUCAUUUGGACUCGUUGCCGCAUCCAGUGUAUCAUCAUGACGGCUAUGCAGCCCAUGUGGAUCACACACACAUACACGAGCAUGUCCAUGCGCCAGCCAAGAUUGUCAGCCACGAGCCCAUACACGAGGUGGCGCCAGUGCAUCAUGUCCACAAGGUGGUGCAUGACGAGCCACAUCACUUCCUGCACUACAGGAACCCAGUGGUGGAUCAUCACAUCAUUGACAGCCAUGCCCAUGUGGAUGAGCACGCCCAUGCGCAUGCGGACUUGCAUCAAUUCGAUCACCAUCAUCAUCACCAUGCCGCGCCCCUUGUGCACCACCAUCACUCGGCUCCAUUGGUGCACCACCACUCCCACGCCGCUGUGGUCCAUCGCGCUGUGGUGCCUGCCCAUCUGGACGUCCACAGCCACGCCAAUCUGCUGGCCUUUGCCAAGCAUCAUUUGCAUGGCAAAUACGGCAAAGUGAGAAUCACUGAGACGCAUUACUGAUUGUGAGAGACCAACCAUCCGCACUUAUCCAACUGCUCGACGACACUUUCCAUAGCUAAUUUAUUACGCACAAUAUUUAGUUUAUAGAGCUCGAAUAAACGAAUUGAAUUUUUUAA